AUGUCUUAUAUCUAUUUGAUGGUUCUAAAGGUGAAGAAACUGAGGGACAAUAGCAAAAUGAGCACAAGUUUUUUGUAUUCUCAUGGUUUUAAAGGGAUGGUUAUUCUCUUGGGGAUAACACUUUGUUAUGUGCUUGGGGAGGGUGACCUAGGUUUAGCCAGACAGAAGACUUUAGAAGGAAGAAAACCAAACAACCCUGGAAGGCAUGCGGUGAAAUCCAUUCAGAGUAAAGAUGGUGACAUUAUAGAUUGCAUUGACAUUUACAAGCAGUCUGCAUUGGAUCAUCCUGCUUUGAGGAAUCACAUCAUCCAGAUGGCACCAAGUUAUAAUCCAACUAUGGAGGAAAUUCCAACAAGUGACCAAUCGUCCAGGAUUGUAGCAUCUCAAUUAUGGCAGAAAAGUGGAAGCUGUCCGAAAGGAACAAUCCCAGUUCGAAGAACCAAGAAUAAAGGGAUACCAUCCAACUCUGAAGAAGGUUAUUCAAAGAAAAGGCCAAGCUAUUAUGAUCCUGUUAAACUGCCUAACAAAAAGGAGACUCCAUUAUUUCUUCAACAAAAGAAUCACUCGAAGGCAAUAUUGCUCACAGAAGGGUAUAACUAUGCUGGAGUCAAAGGAGACAUCAAAGUCUGGAAUCCUCUUGUUGAAUCUGAUGAUGAAUACAGUACUUCUAGAAUAUGUCUCACAAGUGGCCCUUGGUAUGAUUUUGAGAGCGUUGAAUCUGGAUGGGCGGUGAACCCGAGUGUGUACGGAGACAGACAAACACGAUUAUUUGUUUACUGGACUGCUGAUUCAUCAAAAACAACUGGUUGUUUUGAUCUAACUUGCCCCGGCUUUGUUCAGACUAGCAGUGAAAUUGCUCUUGGUGCAGCAAUUUAUCCUAUCUCGGUCUUAGGAGGGCUCCCAUAUCAGAUAACUCUCUUUAUAUUUAAGGUCAGGAAAUAUGGAGCUCAACUUUCGUUCUUAAAAUUAGUAGUUUAAUACUCACUUAGGAU